CCGGUAACAAGCUGGCAGCGCUCCGCUCCGCUUCCCAACAUUAACAAACUGCGCAACAAACCCUGAGAGCAGCCAGACUUCAGGAAGUGCAGAGCAACAUUCAGGCUGAGCUGCCCGACCAAAAUCCACCAGAACAGUCCCCAGCAGUGAGCAGGAUGCCGUGUACCGUUACCAAAGGCCAGGGGGUGAUGGUGUUCACCGUGACUUCUGACCCAAAAAGCUCUUGCCCUCCAAUGUGCCAAAUGUUGGGGGCCCUUUGCUACAACCCACUAUGUUGCUCUGUGUCCCAGCAUCUGAAGAAGAUCCAGAGCACUUCUCAGUCAGCACUGGGGGCUGUGCAGAUUAUGAUAGGGCUGCUCAACAUCGGCCUCGGGGUCAUCCUCAGCGUCAGCGGUGGUGGAUCUGGCUGGGAAAUGGAUGUAUACGCAUAUCCAUAUUGGCUUGCAGCUUUUUUCAUUGUAUUCGGCAUCAUCUGCAUUUUGUCUGAGAAGUUCCCCAGUCCAUGCCUGGUCAUCACCAAUGUGAUUUUGAAUCUGUCGGGAGUUUGUUUCGCCAUCGCGGCCAUCGUGCUCUACAGCAUCAACAUCGCGGACAUGAGAUUCUGGUGGCUUUGUGACCGUGAUGACUACUACUGGUACGAUCGACAGACACAACCAACUCCUUCCUCCUCGGAGAUGUUCUUCAAGGAGAGAUGUCAGGAGGGCAGAGAUAUCAUUCUGAUUCUUAUGAGAGCCACCAACGGCAUCCUGAUUGUGCUGUCAGUCCUUCAGCUCUGCGUUGCCAUCAGCUGUGCCGUCCUGGGCAUCAAGUCUCUGAGGAAGAAUGCAAAGGACAUGAAAGCGAGCGCUGUGGAAACAGAGCCUUACAAACCGCUGCUGGAGGAGGUCACCGCUAACCCCAUAGUCUAGAGGAGAACAUCCUGCUCCGUGGUGUUGAAGUCCUGUGUGAUUACACAAAUUCAGCCGGUAUAAACUCUACCAGGGUCAUGGGUCUUCUCCUGCAGGGCCUGCUUCCUCUAAAAAUGAACACACUUGUAGUAUUUUAGAGCGCUCUUGGUAAAAAUAUGCACCAAAUGGCAUAUGAUACUGCACUUCCGUACUUGUACUGCAUUAUAGCCCAAUAUUGGCACUAUACCUAUGUUACCACUGAUUAUUUUUCAGUCUUUUCGGUUCUUUGUAGUCCAACUUUGUGUCCUGCAGGUGUUAUUCAUUUACAGUGUGAGACUGACAAACGGAUUUGGGUUUUAGGUUAUUUUUAGCAGUGUAGAAGCCUGUGUUAAGAAAUAAAGGCACCCAGCAUAUAGAUGAUUGUACACAUUAUUGUUGUUUUGAAAUUUCUGUUCAUGGGAUGCAGUUAUUUUGAAAGAUCUAUGUUAAAGUUUGACUGGGAAACACAGUAGCAGAUAUUCUACUGGCCGUGCCCACUGGUUUAUGUGAGAAAUUCAAUGAGUUAAUAGAAAAUGAAGCCCCCACCCCUUUACAAAAACUGAAAAUUAAUAAACAAAUAAAACAGCGGGUAUGCUUUUAAUGCCAGUAUCUACUAAGGUUUCUGACCAAAUGAAAGUCAAAAUGAAAUGACAUAAUUGUGCCUCUGUAGAGAAAAAUCAACAUCCAAUAACUUUUUCAUGUAAAGGAACUGGUAUACCAUAUGUUUUUUUUUUUUUGUUUGUUUGUUUGUUUUUUUGUUUUGUUUUGUUUUUUUUCUGAACAGUUUCCUGUAUUCUUUGAAAGUACACUUUAGGUUUGAAUCAGCAGUAAUGAUUUGGGGCUUGAAAUAAAAUAAUAUGUGAUUUUUCAAAAAAAAAAAAAAAAAUGGUUUAAAUAUUUCAAUCACAGUGAGUAUGAAAAAAGUGAAAUCUCCAGAUCUCAGUGAAAAAAAAAAGUAACUGUCUGCCUGUAGAAGAGGUCAACCCAAAGAGCCUUUUGUUUGUUCGUUUGUUUAGUGAGAGAUGAUUUUAUAAACAUGACAUAAAGAAUUUCUUUACCUUAUAUUAAUUUGCCGUCUUUGUUCUGUGUUGUGUGAUUUUCCUAUGCAAAUAAACCAACUACAUUAAGCUCA